AUGUUCACGGUCGGUCAGCUGGUUGAAAAUUCUGGAAGAGUUGGGAACAAUUUGAAGACUGAAACCCCAAAUGUUAACAAAAUUAACCGCAAGUUCGGUCUGCGUGAUGUAAACAUCCAACAAAAUGUCCCUGCACACUCAGAACUGAAGCAAACCCAAAAACCAUCAAUUCCAGAGGAGGCAUAUAAUGAUGAGCCUGAAAAAUACAUUCCACCUACAGAAACAGACGACGAUGUUGAUGUACAAGCAAGGCUGGAUAGCCUAAAUUCUCUGUUGAAUGGAGUGAUCUCUCUGUCACGUGGAAAAACUUUCGAGGUUUAUACAGAUCCCCCUGCAAAUGAUUAUGCCAACGAAUCAGAUCCAUCAAAUUUUGAAAUACCUGAUUCGGAAAUCAGUGCCAUGUUCAAUUGCUUCAACUAGGCACAUGUGGUUACAACUUCUAUGUCAGAAACCUUGAAAGAGGAUGCUAGUCUUUUACCAAUUCAACUUGAGAAAGCUUGACUGGUUUUAUACUCAAUUUUGGUUGAUUGACAGUGUACAAACAUUUUUAUGUUUUCGACAUAUGUUUGAUGUUGUAACAGUGUUUCUUGCUAUGGACUAUAGAAUAUAUUAAGUCUUUCGCAUUCCCGUUGUUUCCAUGUUUCCUUUUUGGUUUAGUAAAUCAUCGGCUACAUAAAA